AUGUGGACCUUCCUAGGGAGACCUGAAUGCAUUCUAUGCCUGUCUUCUGCCUUAUCCGCAAUGGCUCUGCAAAAACAGAAAGAAUUACCCAGGCUUAAUCAAACUCACUUGACCCCCUUGUUGCUGGCGACUCGACGGGUAGGUCUGAAAGUUGAGAGAUCACAGUUCACACUGGAAGGUUUCCCAUUCCGGAUCAUAUCUGGCACUAUUGACUACUUCCGGAUACCUAGGCAGAAAUGGAGAGUCAGCUUGAGGAAGAUGCGGGAUGGUGGCUUCAAUACCCUCACCACGCAUGUCCCUUGGAAUCUCCACGAGCCAGCAGUGGGCCAGUUUCAUUUCAUUGGAAACCUGGACCUCAUAACUUUUAUCACCAUGGCGUCAGGGGAGGGGCUCUGGGUCAUUCUGUGUCCAGGCCCCUAUGUUGGCAGUGACUUAGACCUUGGAGGCUUGCCCAGCUGGUUACUCAAGGAUCCAAAAAUGAAGCUGCGGACAACUUACAAGGGAUUCACUGGAGCCGUGAAUAAGUAUUUCGACCAUCUGAUUCCCAGGAUCGCACCAUUCCAGUAUAGAAAAGGAGGACCUAUCAUUGCCGUGCAAAUUGAUAAUGAAUAUGGCUCCUACUAUAUGGAUAAAAAAUAUAUGUCGUAUGUAAAAACAGCUUUGGUGUCAAGAGGGAUCAGUGAGCUGCUCAUGACUGCAGAUGAUGGUCUGAAUCUGAGAAAGGGCCACUUGAAAAAUGUGCUGGCCACUGUCCACAUGAAGAAUAUAAGGAAACAAACAUAUGAAGACCUCGAAGCCAUUCAAGGUAGAGGCCCUAUACUGAUGAUGGUAUAUACAUCAAACUCUUUUGACACGUGGGGAGCUCUCCGCCACUUUGGAGAUCCACAGAUGCUGAUGAAGGAUGUGCGUGAGAUGUUCACCUUUGGGUUUUCCUUCAACUUCUACAUGUUCCAUGGUGGCACCAACUUUGGCUUCAUAGGUGGAGCUGAGUCUUCAGAUGGUUAUCUACCUGUAGUGACCAGCUAUGACUACAAUGCACUGCUGACGGAGGCUGGCGCACACACGCCCGAAUAUAGGGUGUUUCAAGAGUUUUUUCGCUCUGUUACAGAUAUUUCCAAUAAACGAAAACCUACAAAUGUAUUUACCUAUGCACCAUUGAAAUUCUUAUAUUUCAUGACCCUAUGGGAAGUCCUGCCCCAUCUGACCCGGCCAACCAAGUCUGUCAAGCCAAUCCCCAUGGAGCUGCUGCCUGUGAACCAAGGAAAUGGCCAGUCCUUUGGGUACACGCUUUAUGAGACCACCAUCUCCCAUGGAGGCCUCCUCACCUCGAGGGGUCAUAUUCAAGACCGAGGGCAGGUGUUUUUGGAUAAAGACCACGUAGGAGUCCUGGAUCAUUACAACGAUGAGCUGCUUAUUGUGAAAAAUCCCUCCAAGAAAACCCAGGAGCUGAGGAUCCUGGUGGAGAACCAAGGCAGACUCACUUCUGGGAAGGAUAUUAACAAGCAGAGAAAAGGUUUAACUGGAGACAUCUAUCUGGACAAGACUCCACUAAGGCAUUUUAUGAUCUACAGCCUGGAAUUGAGAAACGCAUUCACACAAAAGAAACUUCCAAAGUCCUGGGAAAUAGUGACAAGCCAUGUUCAGGGCCCUGCCUUUUUCCUGAGUCACUUGAGAGUUGCAGAUCCUCCACAGGACAUCUUUAUAAAAACACAGGGCUGGGAAAAGGGUGUCAUGUUCAUCAAUGGACAAAUCCUAGGACGAUACUGGAAUGUAGGUCCCCAGGAAACCCUCUAUGUGCCUGGCUCCUGGCUUCAUCCUGGAAUUAAUGAGAUCGUGUUGUUUGAGGAGUUGAAAGGUGGUUUAAAGAUCGAGUUGGCAAAAGAGGCUAAUCUAGGUAUGACAUUCCAGAGGGUCAUUUCAGCAUCCAGGACCGCUUCUAGCUCUUGUACUAUAGAUGGACUGUCUAUUAUUCUUAUCAUAGCCCCAUUCAUCCCUCCCAUUUUAAGACAACACAACUGA